AUGAUCCGAGGUGCAGCACGUAGUCUCUUCCUAAACGCACGGCAAGUGCGGCGAACUGCUGCACGGCAGGCCCAGAAGCAGCAGAGAAUGCAAACGACAGACCGGCUAUCCAAAGGAACCAGGAGAACUGUAUGCGACUUGGCGCGGGAAGAGAGCGUGAUCACCAACCAGCAGAAGCAGAUCUUCGGUCACGUCCGGUAUACCGAUACGAUUCCUCGAGUUUUGACCAUGGGAGCUGUGAGCGUUCUCAACUUUGGCUCUAUUGACGAACUUAAUAUUUUGAUGCAAGAUUUGGUAGCGGACGAUGACGACGGACGAUAA